AUGGCCCACCGGAUGGGGAAAUAUCCAGUACUAAUAUACAGACGUAAUUUCCUGAAGGAAGACGCAACCCCGUACAUCACAGUUCUAACCAGAGAGAUUGGAAGAAGAUACCCUACAGAUGUGACCAAGGACCUCGCCUUCUCUAACCCUACAGAUGUGAUCAAGGACAUCUCCUUCUCUAACCCUACAGAUGUGAUCAAGGACCUCGCCUUCUCUAACCCUACAAGGGUGACCAAGGACCUCGCCUUCUCUAACCCUACAGAUGUGAUCAAGGACCUCGCCUUCUCUAACCCUACAAGGGUGACCAAGGACCUCGCCUUCUCUAACCCUACAGAUGUGACUGAGGACCUCACCUUCUCUAACCCUACAGAUGUGAUCAAGGACCUCGCCUUCUCUAACCCUACAGAUGUGACCAAGGACCUCGCCUUCUCUAACCCUACAGAUGUGAUCAAGGACCUCGCCUUCUCUAACCCUACAGAUGUGAUCAAGGACCUCGCCUUCUCUAACCCUACAGAUGUGAUCAAGGACCUCGCCUUCUCUAACCCUACAGAUGUGACCAAGGAUCUCGCCUUCUCUAACCCUACAGAUGUGAUCAAGGACAUCGCCUUCUCUAACCCUACAGAUGUGAUCAGAGACCUCGCCUUCUCUAACCCUACAGAUGUGAACAAGGACCUCGCCUUCUCUAACCCUACAGAUGUGAUCAAGGACCUCGCCUUCUCUAACCCUACAGAUGUGAUCAAGGAUCUCGCCUUCUCUAACCCUACAGAUGUGACCAAGGACCUCACCUUCUCUAACCCUACAGAUGUGAUCAAGGAUCUCGCCUUCUCUAACCCUACAGAUGUGACAAAGGACCUCGCCUUCUCUAACCCUACAGAUGUGAUCAAGGACCUCGCCUUCUCUAACCCUACAGAUGUGAUCAAGGACUUCGCCUUCUCUAACCCUACAGAUGUGACCAAGGACCUCGCCUUCUCUAACCCUACAGAUGUGAACAAGGACCUCGCCUUCUCUAACCCUACAGAUGUGAUCAAGGACCUCGCCUUCUCUAACCCUACAGAUGUGACCAAGGACCUCGCCUUCUCUAACCCUACAGAUGUGAUCAAGGACCUCGCCUUCUCUAACCCUACAGAUGUGAUCAAGGACCUCGCCUUCUCUAACCCUACAGAUGUGAUCAAGGACCUCGCCUUCUCUAACCCUACAGAUGUGAACAAGGACCUCGCCUUCUCUAACCCUACAGAUGUGACCAAGGACCUCGCCUUCUCUAACCCUACAGAUGUGAACAAGGACCUCGCCUUCUCUAACCCUACAGAUGUGAACAAGGACCUCGCCUUCUCUAACCCAACAGAUGUGACCAAGGACCUUGCCUUCUCUAACCCUACAGAUGUGAACAAGGACCUCACCUUCUCUAACCCUACAGAUGUGACCAAGGACCUCGCCUUCUCUAACCCUACAGAUGUGAUCAAGGACCUCGCCUUCUCUAACCCCACAGAUGUGAUCAAGGACCUCGCCUUCUCUAACCCUACAGAUGUGAUCAAGGACCUCGCCUUCUCUAACCCUACAGAUGUGACCAAGGACCUCGCCUUCUCUAACCCCACAGAUGUGACCAAGGACCUCGCCUUCUCUAACCCAACAGAUGUGACCAAGGUCCUCGCCUUCUCUAACCCUACAGAUGUGACCAAGGAUCUCGCCUUCUCUAACCCCACAGAUGUGACCAAGGACCUCGCCUUCUCUAACCCUACAGAUGUGAUCAAGGACCUCGCCUUCUCUAACCCUACAGAUGUGAUCAAGGACCUCGCCUUCUCUAACCCUACAGAUGAGAACAAGGACCUCGCCUUCUCUAACCCUACAGAUGUGAUCAAGGACCUCGCCUUCUCUAACCCCACAGAUGUGACCAAGGACCUCGCCUUCUCUAACCCUACAGAUGUGAUCAAGGACCUCGCCUUCUCUAACCCCACAGAUGUGAACAAGGACCUCGCCUUCUCUAACCCCACAGAUGUGAUCAAGGACCUCGCCUUCUCUAACCCUACAGAUGUGACCAAGGACCUCACCCUCUCUAACCCUACAGAUGACUUCGCCUUCUCUAACCCUACAAAUGUGAUCAAGGACCUCGCCUUCUCUAACCCUACAGAUGUGAUCAAGGACCUCGCCUUCUCUAACCCUACAGGUGUGAUCAAGGACAUCGCCUUCUCUAACCCUACAGAUGUGAUCAAGGACAUCGCCUUCUCUAACCCUACAGGUGUGAUCAAGGACAUCGCCUUCUCUAACCCUACAGGUGUGAUCAAGGACAUCGCCUUCUCUAACCCUACAGAUGUGAUCAAGGACCUCACCUUCUCUAACCCUACAGGUGUGAUCAAGGACAUCGCCUUCUCUAACCCUACAGAUGUGAUCAAGGACCUCGCCUUCUCUAACCCUACAGAUGUGAUCAAGGACCUCGCCUUCUCUAACCCUACAGAUGAGAACAAGGACCUCGCCUUCUCUAACCCUACAGAUGUGACCAAGGACUUCGCCUUCUCUAACCCUACAGAUGUGACCAAGGACCUCACCCUCUCUAACCCUACAGAUAUAGACCUCGCCUUCUCUAACCCUACAGAUGUGAUCAAGGACAUCGCCUUCUCUAACCCUACAGAUGUGAUCAAGGACCUCGCCUUCUCUAACCCUACAGAUGUGAUCAAGGACCUCGCCUUCUCUAACCCUACAGAUGUGAACAAGGACCCCGCCUUCUCUAACCCUACAGAUGUGAUCAAGGACCUCGCCUUCUCUAACCUUACAGAUGUGACCAAGGACAUCGCCUUCUCUAACCCUACAGAUGUGACCAAGGACAUCGCCUUCUCUAACCCUACAGAUGUGAACAAGGACCUCGCCUUCUCUAACCCUACAGAUGUGACCAAGGACCUCGCCUUCUCUAACCCUACAGAUGUGAUCAAGGACCUCGCCUUCUCUAACCCUACAGAUGUGACCAAGGACCUCGCCUUCUCUAACCCUACAGAUGUGAACAAGGUCAUCGCCUUCUCUAACCCUACAGAUGUGACUAAGGACCUCGCCUUCUCUAACCCUACAGGUGUGAUCAAGGACCUCGCCUUCUCUAACCCUACAGAUGUGAUCAAGGACAUCGCCUUCUCUAACCCUACAGGUGUGAUCAAGGACAUCGCCUUCUCUAACCCUACAGGUGUGAUCAAGGACAUCGCCUUCUCUAACCCUACAGAUGUGAUCAAGGACCUCGCCUUCUCUAACCCUACAAAUGUGAUCAAGGUCCUCGCCUUCUCUAACCCUACAGAUGUGACCAAGGACAUCGCCUUCUCUAACCCUACAGAUAUAGACCUCGCCUUCUCUAACCCUACAGAUGUGAACAAGGACCUCACCUUCUCUAACCCUACAGAUGUGAUCAAGGACCUCGCCUUCUCUAACCUUACAGAUGUGAACAAGGACCUCGCCUUCUCUAACCCUACAGAUGUGAACAAGGAUCUCGCCUUCUCUAACCCUACAGAUGUGAACAAGGAUCUCGCCUUCUCUAACCCUACAGAUGUGAUCAAGGACAUCGCCUUCUCUAAGGAUUGUACAAAAACGCUCAAAAUCUGA